GCCUUGCAGCUGCUUCAGACUGGGACAGAAGAAACACCACACGACAAAAAGUGAUUGUCAGUUUUAACGAGCAAAUAGAGUUUUUGGUGUAUAUGUGAUUUUUGCACAGACCCUUCGCGUUACAACCCUGCCAUAACACGGCUUUGUCAUCAGCUGCACGACUGUCAAGAAAAUGUCAUUGGAAGAUUAUGAGAGACACUACGCGUCGCUCUCGGACUCGGGAUGUGAGUCUGUCAGUGGCGCACACACAUCUGGCACAUUCAGCAGCGAAGAGGAAAAGUUGCACUACAUUCCCAUUCGAGUCUUGGGUAAAGGGGCUUUUGGGGAAGCCACCUUGUACAGACGCACCGAGGAUAAUUCUCUGGUUGUUUGGAAAGAGAUUGAUCUGAAUAAUCUCUCGGACAAAAAACGCAGAGAUGUCAUGAAUGAAAUCAGCAUCCUGUCCAUUCUCCAGCAUCACAACAUCAUAGCGUAUUUCAACCACUUCUUGGACAAGAACACCCUGCUGAUUGAGCUGGAGUACUGCAACGGUGGAAAUCUUUAUGACAAAAUUAACCAACAGAAAGGGAAGCUGUUCACAGAAGAGGUGGUCAUAUGGUAUUUGUACCAAAUUGCCUCAGCUGUGGCUCAUAUUCAUAAAGCUGGUGUUCUGCACAGGGAUAUCAAAACAUUAAAUAUCUUUCUCACUAAGACAAACUUGAUAAAGCUAGGGGACUAUGGUUUGGCCAAGAAGUUGGACUCAGAGUAUUCAAUGGCUGAGACGUGUGUAGGUACACCAUACUACAUGUCUCCUGAGCUUUGUCAAGGAGUGAAGUACAACUUUAAAUCAGACAUAUGGGCCAUGGGCUGUGUCAUAUUUGAGCUUCUGACUCUCACUAGGACCUUUGAUGCAACGAAUCCUCUGAACCUGUGCGUGAAGAUUGUCCAGGGCAAUUGGACCAUGGAAGUGAACUCCGAUGUUUAUUCACCUGAGCUCAUCAAAAUAGUCUAUGCGUGCUUAGAUCAGGAUCCAGAGAAGAGACCUACUGCUGACCAGAUUCUUGACCAGCCCAUCAUCUCUUGUGUUAGACCGGCUCUGGAGGAGCGUGUGGCGGUACUCAAUUCAGCUAUCAGAAAACCCAAGUUGAGUACAGUAUCAGACACACCGGUUGCUGUAGUGACAACUCGCUCAAGGGAGGUGUAUUUCUGGGGAGGAGGGAAGUUCACUCCUCAGAAACUGGAUUUGUUUAAGGGCGGCAACAGUGCUCAGCAAGUGUGCGCAGGGGAAACACAUUUUGCUGUGGUUACUGUGGAGAAAGAGCUCUACACUUGGGCUAGUGUGCAAGGGGGUGCUAAAAUGGUGGGCCAGCUUGGUCAUGGGGAUCAGGCCUCAUACCGACAACCUCGCAAAGUAGAACGUCUGCAAGGGAAAGCUAUCCGGCAGGUGGCUUGUGGGGCAGACUUCACUGCCUGUGUGACUGAUGAGGACCAAAUGUAUAUGUUUGGCUCAGACUAUUAUGGCUGUAUUGGUGUGGAAAAUGAUAUGGGAAUGGAGGUUCUAGAGCCGGUUCUGCUGGAGUUCUUCCAGGAGCGACCAGUGCGACAGGUAUCCUGUGGUGACAACCACGUAGUAGUGCUGACUCACUGUGGAGACAUCUAUUCUUGGGGCUGUGGAGAACAUGGUAGACUUGGCCUGGACUGUGAGGAUGACUUUGCCUCCCCUAUGCUAGUGGAAGUACCAAAAAGUGCCAGCAUUGACUCUGUGUAUUGUGGGAGCGAUGGUACUUUCUUCCUUACAGAGUCUGGGAGAGUCCUGGCCUGUGGAAACAAUGAACAAAACAAGCUAGGUCUCAAUCAAGGCAUCACUGGUAUCAAAAACCACCCUGGGGAGGGCCAUCAGGAGAUACCAUACACCACAACCCUGACUUUAGUAAAGCAGCUGGCCCGCUUUAAGAUUCAAAUCAUUGCUCCUGGGAAGACCCAUACGGCAGCCAUUGAUGAGCGGGGACGUCUGAUGACCUUUGGCUGUAAUAAAUAUGGUCAACUGGGUGUGAAGGACUUUAAAAAACAUCAAGGGGUUCAGCUGCUUUUGGGACCCUUUGGGGGGAAAGUUGUCACCAAAGUGUCUUGUGGAGAUGGGUUCACAAUUGCUGCUACAGAGGAUAAUCAGAUCUUUGCGUGGGGCAAUGCCGGAAAUGGACGUUUAGGCAUGCCUGCUGAUCGAGGAUUUGGCUCUGAGGUUUGCCCUGCACUUCCUCGGCCCAUUUUUGGCUCCCUACACCAUGUGCCUGACUUGUCCUGCAGGGGUUGGCACACCAUACUUAUCAUGGAAAAGGUGCUAAACUCCAAAACUAUCCGUUCAAACAGUAGUGGACUGUCCAUUGGAAGUGGCAUAGGUCAGGGCUCCAGCUCUUCUUUGGACCUGGGUAUUGAGCCUGGCUCAGACUCUGAGCUGCGAGAUGGUAUUCUCGGGGGUACUGUGGAGGCUGACAUGGAGGAGAGAGGUCUGGAGACUCCUAUUUUUUCAAUGGAGAGCAAGACCAAUGAGAGUUCGUGCCCGUCUUGGCUUCGCAAGGAGCUGAUGGAUGCAGAGUUCAUUCCCAUGCCUGAUGAAGGCUCGAGAGAUUCCAUGUCUGGCCCUCUGGCUUCCUCUUUUUCAGAAAGUGCCACACUCCCAUAUGAAGAGCUUCAAGAGCUAAAGGCAGCUGCUGCAGCUGCCACCAGUGGGAAUGGCCUCAUGCAAACAGCAUGUGUAGACUACGAGAGGGUCAAUGGAUUGGAAUCUGGAGCCUGGAAGAGAAGUAGCCUCUCACAGCAAGAUGGUCCGCAGACUUGCUGCCAAGCAAGUCGUGAGCUUGCCCAGCUCCAGGAAAUGGUGAAAAGGCAAGAUGCCACAAUUCAACUGUUACAGAAGCAAUACAAAGAUCAACUUGAAGAGAAUGAGAGGCUGUGGAGGGCCAUUCAUGACCUUAGAUUAGGAGCUGAUCAUUGUGAAAACAACCACGAGUCAAGAAGCUUGUCUGAUGAAUAAAAAUGAGGGAGAAUUUAUGUGCACAGAUUAUCAAAAUGAAUUACAGUGGGUUAGUAUCCAGAAUAACCCACUGCUGGUCAAGACACACCUUGGAGCCUCAGUGAAUGAGCUAAUUGGUGAGGGUGAGUAUGUUGCUGAAAUGUUAGUUGUUUGGUCCUCAUAUACUUUUUCCCAUUACAGGGUAAGGGGGAGGACUGUGUGUCUUAUCAGUCACAAAAUACUUUUGCUGCCUCUAAGUAACAAACAGAGAUUAUACUCUGUUUUAUUGUGGCAACAUCAGGUCGUAUUAGAUAAAGCCAUUACAUUCCUCCUAUUGUUAGAGCCGUUUUUGUACUUGUAUACGUGCCAUGCAAUAAUAUAGAAAUUUUGCCAUUGAAUCACAACAUUGAUGAUUCAGAUUCAGGAUUACUCAAAAUGGAAGCAGUCUUGACUUACUGUAACAUGUUUAUUUGUGCUGUGGUGGUUUAGAGUGCAGCACAAACUACUGUCCGAAAAGUUCUUAACAAACUUUAAGCUAUUUUGUGUUAAUACACAGCCAACAGUGUCUUCAGUAUUGAUUUCUACACCAAAAAUGCCUUCAGUACUUUUGCUCAUAAUUUGAAAAUGCAUUCAUUAUUUUUUCAUUUAAUUUCUUUCAAAUGUGGAUUGUGUGGCUAAUGGACUCAAAACACAUGCAUUUAAAAGAAUACACCAAAAACUGGAAAGGUGUACUCUUGGUACAUGCCACCAAAUACAUUUUUGUUAUUACUUUGAAGAGUUGUUGAGACCUGCAACUAACAGUGAUUUUUAAAAAUUUUGCUUUGUUUUGUGCAAAUAUUUGUAAAAUGGUUUUACAUUUCAUUUAGUGAUCCAUCAUGUUCAACAUGGAAGAAUGUACAAGCUACUGAUUUUAAUUUUUUUUUUCCUGGGAUUGGACUCCCUUGUCUUUUUCUAUUACACAAUUUUAGAAUUGAUGUUUUAAUGGAACGGUUAAAUUCUGCAAACAAAAAAAUGCUCGGCUCUGAAUUUUUGAAUAGCCAGAGCUCCUUCAAGAGUUUUUAUAUGAAUACAUCCUUACAUCCAUUUAUGUUGAAACUGCAGUAAGAAAAACCAAAGACUUUGUGUGUUUGUGUGUACAUUGUUUACCUAAUUUUGUCAUAUUUUACAUUAUUUUUCUUUUUUUAAUGGAUGCAUACAAAACAGAUUUAACUUUCAAGCUGUUAUUUCUUCUUUAGUGCAAAAAUAAUUAGUUAUCUUUAGCCUGUAAACCAAAAAAGGUCAUUUUAAGUGCCUUGCUCAUUUUUAAAUUAAGCUAUGGAGGCUUAGAAAACUUUUCAUUUUUAAGUUAUUUUUCUACAUUGAGUUUGUGCAGCAUUAGAUUUUUAGGGCAAUGCGUAUACUGGGUGUAUGUAUUCUGCCUGUAACUGCUCACACUUGAAAGAGAGCAUUGCAUGCGUUGUAUAAAUAAAAACACUUCUAUAAAGACUA